AUGGCUCUUUUCCACAAUAACACCGAGAAUGCCCAGCCGCCUUCGGCGGGUAAGAGACGGUUGUCAAUGUUUUCCUUUGGCAGCCUGACCUCUACUGCUCAAAACAAAGACCUGAACCUUUCGACUUCUCCUAAUUCGGGUCAGCCAAAGAACGUUGCUGCCCCUAGCACCGCUUCUUCCGGUGAUGCUGUCUCGCCAAAACCUCAACCACCACAGAUCUCAACUACGAGCAGUACCACUAGUGCUCCUCAAAAGAUCUCCGCUAGAUCCCCGGGCCCUUACUCGCCGUCCGUGCUGGGCUCCAAAAACACUCAACUAGGGUCCCCUGUCUGCUCACCGUUGUUCGAGACGGAUUCCUUACUGGAAGCCCCAAGUUGUAACAUUUUUGAAAGAUCUGUCCAGGAUUUGACUGGUCAGGUUAAAAAUGAAGACUGUAUCCCCCCUGCUUUGGACGCCACUGCUCAUAUCUUGACCGACAAACAAACCAACUUGGACGAGGUCGAGAUGGUCUACUCCAACAGAAGAAACUCUUCCGUCAUCGGCUUGAACAUGGCUUUGGGUAGACCUUACACUCCUUCCCGUAAGAACAGUGUCAUCUCCAUGUCUCACUGCAACCCAUCAAGCAACGGCGGUAAUGCACCAGGAAGCUUGAAGGAUAAUUAUAACCCAAGUAACACCGGCUCCCAGUCAUCGUUGACCAACGCUCCCCCACCUCAGUCGCCUGUUUCUCCUCCAAAGUUGAAGAGUUCCAGGUCGUCUGUUUCAUUCUAUUCUUACGCUGACAUGAUCAACAAUGACGAGUUUGCUCGCAGACCUUCCAUAAAACAUUCCAUGAGUCAUGGAAUGGCCCCAACUGUGAACCGCAAGAUGAGUGUUGCUUCGAACCAUUCUAUUGCUUCCAACCCGUUGUCUUGCAACACUGGCGCUGCUUGUGGGCAGAACUCGGCAAACCCGGGUAGUGCUCACAACAUGUCUUCUUUCUCAUUAAACAAGUCUUCGAGAAAGUUGGCUGCAAACUCGACUCCUUCCCUUCCUCAAUCCCAAUUGACGAAACAGAUUGCUCAGAGGGACGCCCGCCAACCAACUUCGGGAGUGCCAUCUAGGAAGUCGUCGAAGAAAGGUCAAAGCAAGUUGAACAACUUCAUGAUCAGUCCGGAAUCUAGUGAAUCAGAAGAUCAUGAUAUCUACUAUCCGGCUGCUUCCAAUUCAAACUCGCCUGCAACUACACAGAGGAGGUCCUCUAUAAUUUCAGGCGGUUCGAACGCUAAUGGGGAUGAUGAGAGUUUGGUGUCCUCGUCUAUUGGCGAUUGCAUCAGGCAAUGUACUACUGACAUUGUAGGGAUUAACUAA